AUGCAUGACAAAAAGAGCAACUUGAAUUUUUCCCUUUGGUCCUGGAUGUUGCCAGCAAUGCUGAGCGUACCGAGGGAGUACCCGGCGUACGUGAAGGGCAAGAACGAGAACUGCAUGAUGCCGCAGAUGGUGGGCGACUGGGGCACGCCCGUCCCGGGUAGCUACAAGGAGUGCGUGACCAUGAUUGGCCCGGAUGUGGAGGUGGGCCUCUCCACGGGCACGCCUUGGGAUCCGCUGGGCUUGGUUAAGCUUUAUGACCGGAACUUUGACUUCAACGGUAACAUGACCUUCCCACACGCACAGUGGAUGCGUGAGGCUGAACUGAAGCAUGGCCGAUGCGCGAUGCUGGCGAUUGUCGGCAUCUUUGCGCAGGGCUCCUUCCACAUUGAUGGCUACCCUGAGGCGCCUUGGUACGAGGCCCUGAAGCAGUGCUACGACCACCCGCAGGGCAUCGUGGGGCUUGGCAUUGCUCAGAUCUCUGCUUUCGCCAUGAUCAUCGAGGGCAAGUUCUUCCCCAAGGAUGCUUGGAUUGGCCAGAUGGACAGGGAGCCUGGUGACCUUGGCUUUGACCCUCUCAAGUUUGCCAAGGACGACGCAAGCAUGAAGUCCAUGCAGCUGAAGGAGCUGAAGAACGGACGCCUGGCCAUGAUGGCCUUCAUGUCCCAGGUGGUCGGCCACUACUUGCCCGGAAGCGUGCCGGGAGUGUCUGCUCUCGCCCGGGAGACGGCGCCUGCACAGGCCCCUGCUUUCUGCGGUGCCACCCCGAGCCAGUCUGAGUCGACUUCCAAGACCGCGGCGCGCUACACCACGCAGACGAUCCUGCCCUCCCUGGCCUGGAUCAAGACGGGCGUGAAGGCUUCCGAGCUGCAGCCCAAGCAACUGAAGGCACUGACCCUGGCCGGCAACGACGUGCUGAUCGGCAAGACGGAGGCUGGUGCGCUGUUUUGCGUGGGCAACUUGUGCCCCCACAUCGGCACGCCGAUGAGCGAGGGCGCCGAUGUGAUCGGUGACGUCAUCGUCUGCCCGCUGCACGGCUCCUCUUUCAAGGUGACCACGGGCGAGCUCCUUGACUGGUGCGUCUCCCCGCCGGUCAUCGGCCCUUUGACCGGGCUGAUCGUGGAGAAGAAGAACCUGCUGGUCUUCGAGGUCCGCCAGGGCGGCUUCCUGGGAUCUGGCGAUGUCGAGGUUCUCGUGGACACCAACGCAAAGAAGGCCUACGAGGCCUGGUACUGGAAGGGCUUGCUGGAUGCGCAGGGCAAGGACGACGGCACCUACUACUGA